CAAAGACUACAUGUAAACUCURUCUGACUUUCCAAUGAUGGUGUAAUAAUUAUGAGCCAGCGAUUUGAGCACUGCGGUCAUUCGUUAAAGCUAUAUACUGGGUUUACGUAAGAAUAAUGAUUAAUAAUGUAUUUUUAUAUUGUUUUGUGACAUCUUUCCGGGGAAGUUGAAUUCUUAUUGAUUAUAGAUAUUAUUUUUGAGCAUUUGUUUACAAGAAAACGUUGAUAUUAUCGGGGAAAUGUUAUUUUUUACUGUCAUGAGUCAAAGUAGUACGUCUACAUAAAUUAUAAUCCUUUCUUUGGCGCCAACACGCGAGUGACUGAGAGUGACUCACGAAAUCAUUUACAUACGUCUGGUUUCAUCGAAGGUCGAAUAUUUUACGUCUGCUGUUGAUUCCAGACAAAUGCAAAUAGGACAUGAAAUGCCAGCGCUUUAAAGAUGCUCAAACGUAGGAUAAGCUCUUCAAGCUCAGAAAAACAAGAAGCUAAAAAAUCAAAGUCAAAAUUGAGCACUAAUUCCAGAAAUGCCAAGACUUCUAAAAGUGGUCCAAAGAAAACGGCCUCAACGAAAUCGAAACAUCAAAGAAAUAGUAUCCUAAAUUAUAUGCAACSUCGUACUUCGUGCUCCAAAGUAUCCGAAACAAAUUAUGUUUCAUCUAGAUAUUCUGUGGAUGUGGAUAUGACGUGUAAACUCAAAUCAAAUUCUUCAAAACAAUCCAAAGAGUUUUGUCCAAYAUGUCAAACGCCUUCAGAGUCUUUUGAUGACAAUCUAUUCCAAGAACAUGUCMAGCUUUGUAUUGAAAAAGUGUAUGACUAUAAAGGCCCAUGUCCAAAAGGUUUGGCAUGCGAUGAGCAGAGUUCUGACCAUUUCAAGAUGUACAAUCAUGAUAUGCUUGCUGAAAAGCGUAGUCAAGCUAAUAAAACAAGUUCUGAAGUACAGACAAGUGAAUGCAAGAUUGUACUUACAGACUGUGAAAAUCAAAGAUAUGAAUAUGCAGAAGAGAGUAAUGAUAAUUGUGAUGAUGACAAUGAUAUUGCUGAAAUUUCUAGUAAAAUAAGCAGUGACAAAGCUUUCAAUGGGAAUUCACUUGAGCUAUAUUCUGAGCAAGAUGGUGAUGGUGAUGAUGAUGACAAUGAUACUGCUGAAAUUUCCAGUACAAUCGUCAAUGACAAAGCUUUCAAUGAGAAUUCACUAGAGCUAUAUUCUGAGCAAUGUGAUGAUGAUGAUGACAUCAAAAAUGAUGACAUCAAUAAAACUCAGCAAAAUAUAUCCACGUGUCAUUCAAUCGAGGACUUCUGUGAAGCAUGUGGUGAUGAUGAGUUACUUGCUAACUUAAACAUCAAUACAAAAAUACCUUCCAUUCACUUGAUUGACAAUAAAUGCUCACAAGAAAUCUCUSCAGCYAASAGUUCAAUAAAUCCCUUAAAGAAAGAACAAUCCUCAAGCAACAUAUGUGAAACUGUGAAUAGYUCAGACAAACAGAGCUCAAUACAGCCAAGUAUGUCUACAUCCACUAAGCAGGCUGACAUAGGAACAUACUUUGGCAUCAAACCACUUCAAAAAACYAUGCUUAGCACAGAACAAAAGACUAUAAAAUACAAGAAAACUCAAGAUGACAUGGAUUCAUUGAAUGAUGAUAAUGUUAAUGGCGGUUAUGUAGGAAGAAAGUGCCCAUAUUACAAGAAAAUUCCUGGAACACCUUUUGUGGUUGAUGCUUUUGAUUUUGGCCCUAUACCUGGUAUCAAGGCUUACUUUUUAAGUCACUUUCACUAUGACCAUUACAAAGGACUCAGAGCAAGAUUCUCGAAAACCAUCUAUUGCAGCAAGAUUACAGCAAAUCUUGUGAGGUCAAGGAUCAAAGUKGAUGCCAGGUUUGUGAAGGAACUUCCCAUGAAUGUUGCAACACCAGUGGAUAAAGUACAGGUUACUCUACUUGAAGCAAAUCAUUGUCCAGGUGCUGUACUCUUCUUAUUUGAACUGCCAACUGGAGAAAACUACCUCCAUACAGGUGAUUUCCGUGCAUCUCGAAGUAUGGAAAAGUACAAAGAGUUAAGAGUCAGACACAUCACUUCAUUAUUCCUUGAUACCACGUACUGUGAUCCAGCAUACAGUUUUCCUUCGCAAGAYGAAAUGGUMCAGUUUGCUGUGAAAAAGGCUCUGCAGGCAAAGCAGAAAAACCCUAGAACAUUGAUAGUUUGUGGAACAUACACAAUUGGGAAGGAGAAAGUCUUUUUGGCAAUUGCUGAAGCAUUAGGCUGUAAAGUGAGUGUCACUAAAGAGAAGAAGAGGAUACUUGAUUGUCUUGAAUGUGACAGGGUUUCCACAUUGGUAACCACUGACUGGAAAUCUGGUGGUGUUCAUGUAUUAAAAAUUGGUGACUUGAAAGUCAAGGAACUUCAAAGUCAUUUGAAAAAAUACAAACAAUCCUACAAUGAACUGCUUGCAUUCAAGCCYACUGGAUGGGAACAUAAUGCCYGCUCGGCAAGAGAUAUUCGUCCCACYAUAUCAGGACCAAUUACCAUAUAUGGUGUUCCAUACAGUGAACAUAGCAGCUUCAAAGAAUUAGAGCAAUUUGUGAAGUUCAUCAAACCCAACAGGAUUAUUCCUACUGUCAAUGUCAGCUCAAAAGAACAGCGAGCUAUCCUAGAUUCAUGGAUUUCUCAUUAAAGAUCGUACGGAUUUCUAUAAAUAUUUUUUUAGGAUGCUCUGGUAUCACUAUGCAUGCACUAAAAUGCCAUUAUUGUAAGAAAAAGUAUUUUCAUUCAACCAAGGCAUUUGUAAAUAAUAAUGUAAAAAGUCAGGCUGUCAAAAAACAUGUGUACAUCCAUUGCCUUCUUUUUUUCUAUGAAACAAUAUAGGUAAUAAAUAAUAAAUUGAUAUUUAUAGCAUAACAUAGGGUUUUUGAGAAAUCAAAUAGGACAUUUUCUACUGUAUAUCGUAUAUUUAUCACAAUAAAUAUGAAGCAUUUCCA